AUGGCGUACUAUCGCUGUGGCCCCACAGCCAUCGGCAGCCGGGCGUCCUGGUCGGUGACGUCACCGGCCGAGCCCAAGAUCGAGCGGCCUUUGAGCGGGAACUUCGACAGAAUCUUUAACGCCUUUGAGAGGACCAACGCGUUCGAAUACGUCCGGAGUACGUUCGAGGGAAGGGAAGAGGAACGGCAUGUUGGUCACAGUGAUAUAGUGGUGAACCGCAAGAUGAGCAGCAGUUUCGAGAGGGCGGACUGCGCCCUGGCGGCUCAGACACCCUGCUCUGAAGACGAGGAUUUCUACCGCGAGAAGAUACUGUACUCGCAGGCGAGACAGUUGUUCCCGCUUCAGGAGGAUCUGGCUGAUUGGAUUAAUAAGACCAUUGGCACAACGUAUCUGACGGGGGAGAAUUUUCUGGACGUCCUGGACAAUGGCGCGGAGCUGUGCCAGUUGGCGGCCGUCAUUCACGAUCGAGCCAGAGAGGCACUUGACCAGGGACUUAUUGUUGGACCGGUGCCGCAGAUCCGCGGGCGGUGCUGGCAACGUGCGGCGCGAAGAAGCUUCUUCUCGCGGGACAACACCGAGAACUUCCUCACCUUCUGCCGCGAGCUCGGCGUGCACGAGAACCUGCUCUUUGAAAGUGACGACCUAGUUCUCCAUAACCAGCCUCGUCAGGUAAUCCUGUGCCUUCUAGAAGUAGCCCGCCUCGCUACAAAGUUUAAUGUGGAGCCUCCAGGGCUGGUACAGCUGGAGAAGGAGAUCGCUAUGGAGGAGCGUGACUCGGGACUCGACUCCGCGAUGUCCGGCACCGCGUGGCAGUUCAGGGACGUGUCACCGGCUCCUGAUAAUGAUAAUAAGGACAGCACCAGCAACAACACUUUGAAAACCAAAACCGAAGAAAAAUCCACAUCAGAACCCUCACCGUUAUCCCCGGAACCCAAUGAUUCACACCUAGUUCCAGAUAACACAGACGCAGAAAGUACAAAAUCAGAAGGUACGGUCAGCAGCACAGAUUCUGAUGUUCCGCUCAAACCUACCAACGAGUUGGAUAAGAGAGUGCAGCUAGUGACACGGCUGAUGGAGCGCGGCUGCAGUUGCACUUCGGGGCGCUGCUCCCGCCUGCUAAAGGUGAAGAAGGUGGGCGAGGGCCGAUACAACAUCGCCGGCAGGAAUGUCUUCAUCAGGCUGCUAAAAGGUCGCCACAUGAUGGUCCGAGUGGGCGGCGGCUGGGACACGCUGGAACACUUCCUGUCGCGCCACGAGCCGUGCCAGGUGCGCCUCGUGACGCAGGGCCGUCGCAACAUUCUGCCAAUCGCCACAUCGCAAUCGCCACCGCCAGAUAUUCCGCAAUCGUUGCAAUCACCACAACCACCGCUCUCCUCAGACGAGCUAGAUGCUGCUAAACUCUCACCGAUCCCACGCAAACCCACCAUCUCCCCCGCCAGCAGUAAAACCUCAAUUACAAGCAAAGAACUCCUCUCAGGCACCGUAUCACCCGUAGACAGCAAAGCUUCAUCUGUUAGCGGUAAAUCUUCUCCAACAGAUAAAGGAAGAGCCGGCAAAAGUGUUAAACCAGAGCUCGAAGUCCGAAGAACUUCCACACCUAAUAAAUCGCGAAACCUACGGUCCGCUUUGACUUUGCCGCUUAAAGCGGACUCUACGGUAGAUCAAAAACCUCUCGCACAGCGCACUAGAAAACAAUCGGCACCUUCUAGCUUUAGCACACCCAACACGCCGACUGGUAGAUCGACACGAACGCCACCUGCAGAACUAAGAAAGUCUCUCACUUCCAACACUUUGCUUAACGCUCCAAAGAAAUCUAGAAGUAUGAGCUUGGGUGUCACACAGAAGGAGGAGAAAAAACCGUUCUGCGGGACGGAAAGAUUGAACCAAGACAGAAAGAACCAAAUUAGUAGAAGCAGUAGCAGCACGCCCACUAAAACUCUUACUGCUCGAAAGACACGUAGCCAGAGCUUGGCUUCCACUCCGAUCAAUGAGCCCAAGAAAUCCUUUAGCGGAACGAAUGGGUACUCAAAGAAAACAAGAAGCAUGAGCCUGGCAACACCGGUAGACUUUAAUAAACCUCUCAUUAAAAGCGUUUCGCUGUCCACAAACGGGCCCAUGACGCAGGCAGCCAUAGAAGAAAGCAUCAGACAGUCGUUAGCUGCGUCAAUCGCUGACAACAGUUGCCCCAAAAAACCAUUCUUACACAUUAAAGCCAAAUACAGAAGUCCACCACCGAGGGAAGUGCCUCCGAGAUAA